AUGAGAGUUAAAAGAGGUUAAUAAUGUUCUGAUUGUCCAUAACUUUGUUAACUUUGCAUAGAUAGAACAUAUCAAGAUAUUCAAGUAAAUUUAUUAAUUUAUUUAGUUAAUUUAACCUUUAUUUGAAAUCAAUGAUUAAAAUCUAAUUUACACUAAAUAGUGUUUAAAACCUUAUGUUGAUCAAUUUAUAAAUUUUAAUCCUUAUUCUAAAAUAGCUAAAUAUUACUCUGCUUAUGUAGAUAUUAUUAUAAGUAUAUGUGACCCUAGAAAAUAUCAUAAAUUUUGUUAUGAAGAUUAUAUUGACAUACAUUAUUUUAAUUAAUUAGCAAUCGAUUCUAUUGAUUUAAACUCUACUUUUUAAAUACAAGGUUAAUUUUGUUAGACUCCUCCUUUCUAAAUUUUAGCUAAAACUACUUUUAAAAGUAAAAUAUUUAAUUUACAAAAAAUUUAAAUUUUAUUGAAUUCUGUUGAAACUCUAUUCUUUAACUUUUAGGAUUUAGUUUAAAUUAUCUAAUAUGAUUCAAUAAUCAUUAAUAAUUUAGGGUUUAUAUUUAAUCUUAAAUCUAUUGGAAAAUUCGAAUUCAUAAAUAAUAAUAAAAAGGUUGAUAUAACUUUAAAUAAAUUUAACAUUAAAGACAGUUAUAUUAAUAGUGUGGAAUCUGUAUUAAAUACUAUGAUUUUUGGUAAUUUAAAUUUUACUAACAUUUCCAUCAUUAAUACAUAAAUUUAAAACUCUUCUUUUCUUAAUUUACAUUUAUAUGAUUUUGUUGGUUAAAUUACAAUUGAUACCAUAACUAUUUCAAAUUCAAUUAUAAAUAACUCAUAAAUGUUUAAAUUUUCUAAGAAUUAAUUUAAUAUUCUAAUCAAAAAUUUAGUGAUUAAUCAUUGUGAAUUAAUUAACUCAUCAUUCAUUUAUUUUACUCUUAAUUAGAUUAAUAAUACUAAUUUAAUUUUCUUAAAUUUAAACAUUUCAGAUAAUAUAUUUACAAACUCUUCUUUUUUAUAUUGCUCAAGCUAAAUAAAUCUUAGUAUUUACAACUUUUUAUUCAUAAAUAAUACAGUUUUGAAAUCUAUAAUCUUAGGAUUUAACUAUAAUUUAUUAUUAAAUAACAUUAAUAUAAUAGAAAAUAUUUUCAUUGAUUCAUAGUUUCUUUAAACAAUUUAAUAACUCUAUGAAUAUUAGAUUACUUGUAAAUUAUAAUAUUUAGAAGCUAAAUUAAAUUUAUUUUAAAAUUCAAAUUUGUUUUUACUUUUUUCCAUUUAUUAAAUGAGUGGGUUUAUUGUUGAAAUAUAAGAUAUUAUUCUUGAUUAGAAUUCAAAAUCAUCUAAUAGUAACUCAUCAAAUUAUUUGUUCAAUAUAAAUUGCUAUAAAAUCAUAAUUAAAAAUGCCAAAAUCAUAAAUUCAGAUAGUAUGCAUAUAUUUUAUUUGUUUGAAAACUACAAAAUCAUUAUUCAGAAUGUUCUUUAUAAAUAAUCAAAAUUAAAAAGCAAAGUUUAAUUAUCUUUAGAUUGUGUUAAUUAGGAUAAGCCAAUUAAUUAAUUACUUUAAAUUUAAGGAUUCAUAGACAUUUUUAUUUAAGAUGUGAGAGUUGUAAAUUAAGUUAGUUAUGAUGAAACUCUAAUUUAAAUUUCAUCUAGUAAAUAAUAUAUAAAUGAAAUCAAUAGAAAGAUAAUAAUAAAUAGACUAGAAUUUUUUGGUAAUCUGUUACUUUCAUCAAUUUAAAUUAUUCGCCUCUCACUAAUAACUAUUAGUUCUGAUUAAAAUUUAUAUGUAAGUUUAGAAGAUAUUAAAUUCAAAAGAAAUUUUAUGCAUAUUUAUUAAGAAGAUUCCUUACUUUAUUCAGCUGGCCUCAUUUAUAUCAUUUCAACAUAGAGCGAAGUUAAAAUUAAAGGAUUAUAUUGUUAUGAGAAUGCAUAUACUAAUUCUUCAAACUCUUUUAUUAUUAUAACUUCUGAUUCAGUAGAAUUAAAUAAUAUAGAAGUAAAUUAUCACAAUAUAUUACCUCUAAAUUUAUGGUAAGAAUAUUAUAAUAUUUCUACUGACAUUGAAUUUAAUUAAGAUAAAGUUAACUAUUUUAUUUCUUAAGUAUUUUAAAUUAAAAUUAUUGGAGGAUCUUUUUAAAUAUCAGCUUCUCAUAUCCAUUGUAUAAAUUCUAAAUUUAAUUCAAUAUUUGCUUUAAAAAGUUAAAUUUUCGAUAUUAUAACAUUUGGCUAGGGAAUUGUAUAAUUAAUAUAUGUUACAAUUAAUUAAUCACAUACUGAUUUAAUAUCGAAAUCGAAAAAAACAGGUUGCAUAAAUAUUAAUUCUUAAACUAGUUUGUUAAAUCUUUCUAUAAUUAAUGUAGUCUUUAUUAAAGUUUAAAAUAGGAUAACAUCAUCAAUAUUAACUAUUUAUCCUUCUUUAAUUUCUAAUUAAAUAUUAUUAGAUAAUGUUAUUAUAGAAGAUUGCUUUUCCUUACUUAAUUAAAUCAUUAAUGCUUAAUUCUAGUAAUAAAUAGCACAUUUAAAUUGUAUAACUUUUAAAAAUAUAUAAAUUAUUUAAAAUUUAGAUGCUAUGAUUAAUUUUUUUUAGUAAGUCAAAAAUUUAACUUCAAAUGAAGUAUUAGCAAUAACUGAUAUCAAUAAUGCUAUAAUUUUAUUAGAAAAUUGUAUUUCUCAUAUAAAUGGAUUAAUUUUUGAAGGAAUUUUCAUUGGACCUUUAUUAUUAUUUAUAAAUAAUCCUAAAUUAAUAUUUUAUAAUUGUUAAAUCAAUAAUAUCUAAACUAUUUAUUCUCUAAAUCUUAUAUCAAUUAAUUAAAAUAAUUAAGAAAAAUAAGUAGUUUCAUUUAGUUAAAUAAGUAUUUAAAGAGUGAGUAUAUUUGAAAAGAAUUUAGAUUAAAUUAUUCAAGAAUAGAAUGAAAAUUAUUUCAUAAUAGGGUGUAUCUUAAAUAAGUAGGGGGAAUCUAGAACUGAAUAACAUAAUUAUUCUAAAGAGAAUAUUAUUAAACUAUAAUAAUCUUAACCAUAUUAGUUAAAUUCUAUAUUACAUAUUGAAAGUCAAUCUAAUUUAAAUGAAUUUAAUUUUAAUUUUAUUUAACUAUAAUCAAAUAAUUGUAGUACUUGUUCGGAUGGGAUUGCAUUUUUUGAAAUUUCAAAAUUUGGCAAAUUGACAGUUGAAUAAUUAAAUUGCAAUUACAACAUAAUAUAAAAUUUUGGAUGUUUAAAUUUUGAAUCAAAAUUGAAUAUUAAAUCUAGAAUUAUAAUUAAAAAUUCUAAUUUUAUAAAUAAUUUAGGGAGAGAAGGAGUUGCAAUUAGAGUUUAAAAAUUGCCUUUAGUAAUUGAAUAAGUAAAGAUAAUCUCUAAUUUUGCUAAUGAGAAAGGAGGAGGAUUAUAUGUAGAAUUGAAUUCAAGUAAUUAUUUGAUAAAAAAUACAAUAAUUAUGUAUAAUAAAGCUUAGGCAGGAGGUGGUAUAUAUUUAUCUGGGGAUAAUAAUUUAAAUAAAGAGAAUAUCAUAAAUACAAUAUUAAUUUAUAAUGUUGGAGAAGUUUAUGGAAAUAAUAUAGUAGAAUAACCAACUCAUUUGGCUUUAUAAAUAAAUGAUAAAGAGUAACCAUCAGUAAAACUAAUUUAAAAUAAUACAGAAUUAAAUUUAUUGAAUUUAUAAGCAUAUAAAACAAUAGAGCAGAAUAUUCUAAGAAUAACAAAGAAUUUAAUGAUUCCAAGUAAUUAAGAAAUUUAAAAUUAUACUUUAUUUUAUUUAAAAGGGAAAUAAUACAUAACACAAAUAAAAUAAAUGUAUCUCUAUUUUAAGAAUAGUUAUAAUGAAAAUUUAUUAGAUUUUAGAGAUUCAUCGUGUAUAGUAAUUGAUAAGGUUGUAUCAAAUACUUCAAAUAAGAAGAUAAAUUUAAAUGGAAAUUAAAUAUUGUUAAUUAAUUAAUAAAAAAACAGUUUUGAUAUUGGUCGAUUAUCUUUUAGUUUAGAUCCAUAUAAUUAAAUGAAAAGUUAUUUAUAAAUAUAAUUAAGUUGUAAUUCAGGUUUAUCAAACAAAACAUUGAAAUAUAUAAUAAAUUCAAAUAGUUAUAAAUGUUAACUUGGAGAAUUUUAUGUAGAUGAUGGAUGUUAAAUUUGUAAAUCAAAUCAAGGAUUUUAUUCUGUAAUAUAUGAUAGUAUAAAAUGUUCUAUAUUUGAUAAAUAAAAAUUUAAGAAUAUAACAUCAAAUAUGAUAUAAUUAUUAAAAGGUAAUUGGAGACCACAUUAUUUAUCUGAUUAUUCAGAAUAAUGUUUUAAAAAUUUAGAGUUUUGCAUAGGAGGAUGGGGAGUUGGAAAUGAAUUAUGUAAAAUUGGACAUAUUGGAGGUUUAUGUGAGGAAUGUGAUAUUGAUAAUAUAAUAGGAAAUGGAUAAUACUUUAAAAAUUAAUGGGGUUUAAGUUGUUAAUAAUGUUUUGGAAUUGAUAACGGAAUUUUCUCAUUUAUAUUAGCUUUAUUUUAGUAUUAAUUAAUUUAUAUUAUUUAGAGCUUUAAUAUCUAUAACAUUAAGUUUAAGAAGUAUUCAUAAAUCAAAUAGAUUAUUUGCAUCUUUAAAGAUAGGAUAAAAAUUUAGUAAUAUAAUAUUCAGGUUAAAUUAAGGUAUAUUAUAAUUAAAUAUAAGAUCAUGAAAGCAUAUUACUUAAAAUGUGGUUAAAUUAUUUAUGGAUAUUUUCAGUGAUAUUUACUUUUAAUAUUAAUUUUUAGUUUUAAUUUACAUUGAUAGAUACAACUAGUAAUAGUUUCUAUUUUAUGGCUUAUAAUUUAGACUGUUAUUUAUCAAAUUAAGGAAUUCAUUUAAUUUAUAUGAGGAUAUUUAUCAUAUUAUAAUUAAUACUAAUAUAACUUAGCAUAGUAAUCGUAGCCUCAAUUAUAUAUACAAAAUUUAAGAAAUUAAAAAUUGAUUAUAGUAUUCUUUCAACUACAUUACUUUAUUUAUUCAUAUUUAAUUAUGGAGGUUUAAUAAAGAUGUAUAAAAUACUAUCUUUAUAUUUAUAGGUUGUGUUCAAUAGUCUCAAAUAGAAAGAUUUCUAAUAUGAAUUAUAUAUAAGGAGAUGUCUCUUUAUAUUUUGGAACUUAAAAUCAUAUCUUUUGGAUUAUAUAUUUAAUAGUACCUGGAUUAUUUUUAUUUGGUUGUCUUAUACCUUUUGCUUUAUUGUUAUUGAUGCACAUUAAAAGACAUUAAUUUGACUUAAUCAAAUUUCGAAAACAUAUUGGUUAUCUUAUGAAUGAAUAUAAUCGCAAUAGCUAUUUUUGGGAAUUUAUUAAAAUUACUACAAAAGCUGUAAUUAUAUUAAUUACUACUUAUUUUUGAAACUAAUAUAUUACUUAAAGCAUCCUUAGUGGGAUUUUCUUUGCUUGUUUAUUAAAUCUUAGCUGGAAAUACUAAACCAUAUAAUCUAUCAAAAUUUAAUAUUUUAGAUUUAAGAACUGGCUAAAUCUGUUCAUUAUCAAUAUUCUUAGCAACUAUGAAAUAUGUAAGUGAAGAAAUUAAUAAUCAAUUCUUAUCUGUAACUCUUUCAAUCAUUCUAAUUAUUCUUUGUCUUUAAUUAAGUAUUCCAUUUAUUAAAGAUAUACUUUAAGUGUAUUAUCAGAAAUUUAAAUCUCCAUGUAUAACAUUUUUACUUUGUCUUAUAAACUAAAUUAAAUAAAAUUCUAUGUUUUCAAUUUAUUUGAACCAUCUUUUAUAAUAAUGGAAACUAAAAGAGAAUAGAGUUAAAUUUAUUUAUUCAAAAAUAAGAUCAAACUUAUUGCAUUAAUUAAGAGUCUAACCAGAAUCAAGAAGGUAUAUUAUUUAUUUAUUAUUUACUAGAAUAUCAUAAUCUUAGUUCAAUUUAAUUUAAAAUAAGACAUUUCAAUAAAGCACUUUUAGGUGUUUGAUAUAAUUAAACUAAAAUUGA